UAUGUGAUAUCUCUCGGAAUCUAGUUCGGUCUGGUUCAACUAGUAUCAUAAUUCCUGAAUUUGUAAGUGAAUCAAGAUCGAGGAAAGGAAGUCUUAGUAUCACUGACUCAAACCCAUUGUCGAAUCCUACUCAUCAGAAUAUGGAGGUACUUAUGGCAGAACGGGCCGAUCUGGUCUUUCACAAUAAAGUGAUAGAUGGAACUGCCAUGAAACGGCUUAUUAGCAGAUUAAUAGAUCAUUUCGGAAUAGCCUAUACAUCACACAUUCUGGAUCAAGUAAAAACUCUGGGUUUUCAGCAAGCCACCGCUACAUCCAUUUCAUUAGGAAUUGAUGAUCUUUUAACAACACCUUCUAAGAGAUGGUUAGUCCAAGAUGCUGAACAACAAAGUUUGAUUUUGGAAAAGCACCAUCAUUAUGGGAAUGUACAUGCGGUAGAAAAAUUACGUCAAUCAAUCGAGAUAUGGUAUGCCACAAGUGAAUAUUUGAGACAAGAAAUGAAUCUUAAUUUUAAGAUGACUGAUCCUUCAAAUCCAGUUCAUAUAAUGUCCUAUUCUGGAGCUAGAGGAAAUGCAUCUCAGGUCCACCAAUUAGUAGGUAUGAGAGGAUUAAUGUCAGAUCCCCAAGGACAAAUGAUUGAUUUACCCAUUCAAAGCAAUUUACGCGAAGGACUUUCUUUAACGGAAUAUACAAUUUCCUGCUACGGAGCCCGCAAAGGAGUUGUGGAUACUGCUGUACGAACGUCAGACGCUGGAUACCUCACGCGUAGACUUGUUGAAGUAGUUCAACAUAUUGUUGUACGUAGAACGGAUUGUGGAAGUACCCGAGGUAUUUCCGUGAGUCUUCGAAAGGGGAUGACGGAAAGAAUUUUGAUCCAAACGCUAAUAGGUCGCGUAUUAGCAAACGAUGUAUAUCUAGGUCUACGAUGCAUUGCUACCAGAAAUCAAGAUAUUGGGAUUGGGCUUGUCAAUCGAUUCAUGACCUCUCGGGCGCAGCCAAUAUAUAUUCGAACUCCCUUCACUUGCCGAAGUGCAUCUUGGAUCUGUCGAUUAUGCUAUGGUCGGAGUCCCACUCAUGGUGACCUGGUUGAAUUGGGAGAAGCAGUAGGUAUUAUUGCGGGUCAAUCCAUUGGAGAACCAGGGACUCAACUAACAUUAAGAACUUUUCAUACCGGUGGAGUAUUCACAGGUGGUACUGCGGAACAUGUACGAGCUCCUUCUAAUGGAAAAAUCAAAUUCAAUGAGGAUUUGGUUCAUCCCACACGCACACGUCAUGGACAUCCUGCCUUUCUCUGCUAUGUAGACCUAUAUGUGACUAUUGAGAGUCAGGAUAUUAUACAUAGUGUGAAUAUUCCACCAAAAAGUUUUCUUUUGGUUCAAAAUGAUCAAUAUGUGGAAUCAGAACAAGUGAUUGCUGAGAUUCGUGCUGGAACAUCCACUUUCCAUUUUAAAGAGAGGGUUCGAAAACAUAUUUAUUCUGACUCAGAGGGAGAAAUGCAUUGGAGUACCGGUGUGUACCAUGCACCUGAAUAUACACACGGUAAUGUUCAUUUCUUACCCAAAACAAGUCAUUUAUGGAUCUUAUCGGGGGGUCCGUGCAAAUCCAGUCUAGUGCCUUUUUCACUCCACAAGGAUCAAGAUCAAAUGAAUGUUCAAUCUCUUUCUGUCCAAGAGAGAUCCAUUUCUGACUUCUCGGUGAAUAAUAAUCGAGUGAGACACAAAUUGUUUGGCUCGGAUCCCCUGGCGAGAAAAGGGCGAAGGAUUUCUGAUUAUGCAGCAGGAUCUGAGCGAGUCAUAUCCAAAGGUGAUGGGGAUUUCAUAUAUCCCGCCAUUCUCCAAGAGAAUUCUUAUUUAUUGGCGAAGAGGCGAAGAAAUAGAUUCAUCAUACCAUUCCAAUAUGAUCCGGAACGGGAGAAGGAAUUAACGCCUCAUUCUAGUACUAGUAUCACGGUUGAAAUACCCGCAAAUGGUAUUUUACGUAGAAAUAGUAUUCUUGCUUAUUUCGACGAUCCACGAUACAGAAGAAGCAGUUCGGGAAUUACCAAAUAUGGCAUCAUAGAGGUCGAUUCAAUCGUCAAAAAAGAGGGUCUGAUUGAGUAUCGAAGACCAAAAGAAUCUAGACCGAAAUACCAAAUGAAAGUAGAUCGAUUUUUUGUCAUUCCCGAAGAAGUCCAUAUCUUGCCCGGGUCUUCAUCCAUAAUGGUACGGAACAAUAGUAUCAUUGGAGUAGAUACACGAAUUACGUUUAAUACAAGAAGCCAAAUAGGUGGAUUGGUCCGAAUAGAAAAAAAAAAAAAAAAGAUUGAACUGAAAAUCUUUUCUGGAGGUAUCCAUUUUCCUGGAGAAACAGAUAAGAUAUCCCGACACAUUGGGAUCUUGAUACCACCAGGAGCAAGAAAAAAAAUGGAUAAGGGAUCAAAGGGGAAAAAUUGGGAAGGGAAAAAUUGGGUCUAUGUCCAACGGAUCACACCUAUCAAGAAAAAAUAUUUUGUUUCAGUACGACCCGUAGUGACAUAUGAAAUAGCUGAUGGGAUAAAUCUAGUAACGCUUUUCCCUGGGGAUAUGUUACAGGAAAAGGAUAAUUUGCGACUCCAAGUUGUCAAUUAUAUCCUUUAUGGGGAUGGCAAACCAAUUCGAGGAAUUUCCCAUACAAGUAUUCAAUUGGUUCGUACUUGUUUAGUAUUGAAUUUGGACCAAGACAGAAAAGGUUCUAUAGAAAAGGUUCAGGCUUCUUCUGCUGAAGUAAGGGCAAAUGAUCUGAUUCGAUAUUUCAUAAGAAUUGAAUUGGUGAAGUCUCCUAUUUUGUAUACCGGAAAGAGGAAUGAUAGACCAGGUUCAGUGAUUCCUGAUACUGGGUCAUAUUGCGCCAAUACCAAUCUUUUUUCUUCCAAGGUUAAAAUUCAAUCACUUAGUCAACAUCAAGGAACCGUUCGUACAUUUCUUAAUAGAAAUAAAGAAGGCCAAUCUCUUAUAGUUUUUUCAUCAUCUAAUUGUUCUCGCAUCAAUGUUUCGAAAUAUCACAAUGUGACCAAAGAAUCAAUUAAAGAAAAAGAGGAUACCCCGAUUCCAAUUCUUAAUUUGUUGGGUCCCUUAGGUACUGUACCUAAAAUUCAUAAUUUUUCCCCAUCUUAUCAUUCAAUAACUCAUAAUGAGAUCUUGUUAAAUAAAUAUUUAAUACUGGAUAAUAAUAAUCCAAAACAGACUUUCCAACUACUUAAGUAUUAUUUAGUGGACGAAAACGGGAGAAUCUCUAAUGCAAAUCCAUGCAGUGACAUCAUUUUUAAUCUAUUCGGUUCGUGCUUUCUCCCUCACGAUUAUUGUGAGGAGACAUCCACAACCAGAAUAAUGAGCCUCGGACAGUUUAUUUGUGAAAAUGUAUGUCUAUCCAAACACGGAACACGCAUAAAAUCUGGUCAAGUUAUAAUGGUUUAUCUUGACUCUUUCAUAAUAAGAUCAGCUAAACCCUAUUUGGCGACCCGAGGAGCAACCGUUCAUGGUGAUUAUGGAGAAAUCUUUUACGAAGGAGAUACAUUAGUUACAUUUAUAUAUGAAAAAUCGAGAUCUGGUGAUAUAACUCACGGCCUUCCAAAGGUUGAACAAGUGUUAGAAGUUCGUUCGAUUGAUUCAAUAUCGAUGAACCUAGAAAAAAGGGUUGAAGGUUGGAACGAACAUAUAACAGGAAUUCUUGGAAUUCCUUGGGGAUUCCUGAUUGGUGCUGAACUCACCAUAGCGCAAAGUCGUAUUUCUUUGGUUAAUAAGAUCCAAAAGGUUUAUCGAUCCCAGGGGGUACAGAUUCAUAAUAAGCAUAUAGAGAUUAUUGUACGACAAAUAACAUCAAAAGUGUUGGUUUCAGAAGAUGGAAUGUCUAAUGUUUUUUCACCCGGGGAACUAAUCGGAUUGUUGCGAGCAGAACGAGCAGGUCGUGCUUUGGAAGAGGCUAUUUGUUACCGAGCCGUCUUAUUGGGAAUAACGAGAGCAUCUCUGAAUACUCAAAGUUUCAUAUCAGAAGCUAGUUUUCAGGAAACCGCUCGAGUUUUAGCAAAAGCCGCUCUCCGGGGUCGUAUUGAUUGGUUGAAAGGUCUGAAAGAGAAUGUUGUUCUGGGGGGGAUGAUACCCGUUGGUACCGGAUUCAAACGAUUCGUUCACCGUUCAAGGGAAUACAACAACAUUCCUUUGGAAAUACAAAAGAAGAAUUUUUUCGGGGGGGAAAUGAGAGAUAUUCUGUUCCACCACAGAGAAUUAUUUUGUUCUUGCAUCCCAAAGCCAAAGAGUUUCCAUAAUACAUCAGAACAACCAUUCUAUGCUAUGGGAUCUAAUCCAAUCGUUCAUAAGAGCGGAUUCAUUAUUAGCUAAGCUAAUAUAAUGGUCAUUUGUUAAUAAAGAGA